AUGGUCUUCUUCACGCUACUCGGUCACGGAGCGAACAGCUGCCUCGUCAUCAAUAAGGGUUCCGUGUUAUUUACUAUACCUGGCUCUCCUGACGUGGAAUGCUUCCAUUUUGUCUGCUAUGUCGAGAACACAGCCGGCAGACUCGUUCUUAUGCUUUCGCAACACCCUCUCCUCGCCCAAUCGGCUGCCGCUCGCGCAACGUUGCUGUCUGAAUGGUACCAUACCAAUCAUUUUACCGUCUCGUUCGACAUCUGCCUGCCUUCGACUUCGCGCUCCGAUCUUGAGCGGGCGUUCGACAUCCUCGGUCCAUCUUUGGCUGCAUGUCUGAUGUCGCCUGUCGCUGGGAUCAUUACCCCCCGCUUGCACAUCCAUUGCGGCAAAGCUCAACAUGGCGCAACAUUCGCCUCGAUGGUACAAUGGUUUGGGCUAUUCUACAAUGGCGUGUUAUCUGAGGGAAGAUAUGCCGGCAUCCGCACUUCCAUGAGUACUGCAGCCCCCAAUCCUGCGCAGUUCGAACUCACGUGGGAUGACUCUUCGCAGGCGGCCUUUACGACAUACAAGUUUGCGGCAAUCAGAGUUUUGCAUGGACUGCGCAAGGAGGCUGCUCGCCUUACAGCCGACCCAAACAAGGACAUCGACGUCCCUCGUCAUGUGUAUAACUGGCUGGUCGACAGCAGGGUUCCAGCUGUCAGGGAGGACUUGGUACCAGAGGCAAAGGUGAAGAUAUGCCGUUCUAUUGGACCUACCUUCCAGAAACUCGGAUACGAUGCUGCAACGAGGCUAUAUACUUCACUGGAGUUGAUGGCAAGAACGCGCUCGGCAAGGCGGCCCUCAGCAGAUGCUGCAAGAAGAUACUCGCUCGUACAAGAGCAAGAUCAAGUUGGGGUGGAAACCUCCUCACACAAGCGGACGAGAAGUAGUUCUGCCGCAGCCAUCAAGCCACCUGCUGCUACGUCUGGAAGAGGACUCCACAAGAGGUCGCGUCCAGCGAGAAAAGACGUCAAAGACACUGGCAGCACCAGCAAUCCGCAUGCCGCCAACGGCUCAGUUCCUACUCAUCAGGGUGCCGGCGAAGGUCCAAUGUCAACUCGUCAAGACACUGGUAGCACCAACGAUCCGCAUGCCGCCAACGGCUCAGUUCCUACUCAUCAGGGUGUCGGCGGAGGUCUAGCGUCAACUCACCAAGGCGCUGCCGAUACCAGCCAUGGACCUGCCUUCUACGGCUACACUUCACACUGGGCAUGCUCAAUCUUUGACGGUCAGGCACGUUCGAUCCUUCUCAGUCCCGUAUGUUUGAUCCUUCUCAGUCCCGGAUGGUCAGCCGCUCUCAGGAUGCGAGAGAGUCUCUUCAUCAGAGGGAAACACUUUUCUCCAUGCUCAAACUCUGGCGUUCAGAUUGACAUCUUCAUCCUCGCUGCGCAACGACGACUGGCAUACAGAAACGCACCUUGCGCCCUUAUCAGAGACAUCAACGCUGUUUACCAACACAAUGCCCAGAGAUCAUGGUCAGUUGCCCGAAAGCCGCUUGUUAUCUACGCCGAACCAAAUUUCCUCAAAGGAGACAGACACCGGUGGCGGAUUGUCGACGGCCCACGACCAGAAGAGAGGCCUACGGUCACAGAGCCUCACGCAGGUGAUAACGACCAGUUCAAGCUUGUCGAGAGUACCGCUCCUGCUCUCGCCGAUGGUGACACAAAGGCUCGCUUUCAGUGUCCACUUGGGGCAUGUGCAUGUCAUCUAAGCGAAGCAGCCAAACUCAGAGAUCUUUGGGUCCACUGUGUCUCGCCGGACCAUGCACUUGCGCUUUAUCACCAAUGCCAUUAUCGGUGUGAGUUUGGAUGUCUACUUGGCUUCCCUGACACACUAAGCAGGUUUGAGCAUUACGGCGGACAGCGCUGUGGGGCAGGAUCGCAGGAUGCAAAGCGUGGGCUUUACCUAAUGCCCUACACCAACAACCGUGCCGCCGCUGCCUUCAAGUCCAUAUCAGAUUAUGUCCGAGGUGAGUACAUUGAAGGUUCUAGCGAUCAUGGCACCCUGUGGAGGAAAGGCUCUAGGUCUCCGCACUGUGCGAACGUCCUUCGACGUUUCUGUAUGAACGAGAACAUUGUGCUUGCAAUCUAG